AUGAAGUUCCGAGCCAUUGAGCAUUCACUAAGGAAACAUCAAACUAGAAGAAAAAUACCAAAGAUAGCCUCGGUUGUAGCCCUAACUAUUCUGUUAUCAGUUAUCUCCAUUUAUUCCCCUUCAACACAAUUCCAUACGAAGAGAGCAUCCAAACUUCCUUCUGAGUUUGAUUCUGCGGAGGAACCAGUAAAGCCAACUGCUCCUUCGGGUGCCCUUUUGGAGGCAUGUCGUAAUGAGCAUGAUGGUUCUGAGCCCUGUAACCACAGAGAAACAGAAGUAGAGGACCAAAAAGUAACAAAAGCGGACGAGGAGGAGCCACCAAGACUAAAGGGAGAGGAAGUUGAGGUUACAAAGUCAGCAGAAAUAGAAGCACGGGGAUCACAAGAAGAAGAAUACUGUGACUUAUUCUCAGGGGAGUGGGUUCCGAACCCUGAGGCACCGUACUAUACCAACUCUUGUUAUGGAAUUCAAGAACAUCAGAAUUGCAUGAAAUAUGGAAGGCCUGACAUAGAGUUCUUGAAAUGGAGGUGGAAACCAGACGGCUGCGAACUGCCCAUAUUCGAUCCACGCCAAUUCUUGCAACUCGUCAGGGGAAAGUCUAUUGCCUUUGUCGGAGACUCCGUGGCAAGAAAUCACCUGCAGUCAUUGAUGUGUCUCUUGUCCAGUGUGCUUUAUCCUCGAGAAAUUUCAAAGUCAACUGAUGAGAACAGGCACUGGGAGUACCAAGGAUACAAUUUUAGAAUGUCAAUCUUUUGGGCUCCUUAUUUGGUAAGGUCAGUUGAGGUAACUGGUCCCAAGGACAGGACCCGCUCUUUUAGUCUAUAUCUUGACGAGUUCGAUGAAAAUUGGACGACCAAAAUUGAAGAAUAUGACUACUUUAUCAUCUCCGCUGGCCACUGGUUCUUCCGUCCAACCAUGUUCUACGAAAAGGGCAAUUUGGUCGGCUGCCAAUAUUGUCCACAGGAGAAUGUCACUCGCUUGACAGCAUACUUUAGCUAUCAAAGGGCUUUGAGAACAGCAUUUAGAGCCAUUAAUAGCCUGCAAAAUUUCAAGAGUGUAAUAUUUCUGAGGACAUUUGCCCCCUCACACUUUGAAAAUGGAACUUGGGAUAGCGGUGGAAACUGUCCUAGGACCAGGCCUUACAAGAGAAAUGAAGCCGUCUUAGAGGGAUAUAAUUUAGAGUUGUACAAGAUCCAAUUAGAGGAACUUAGAAUUGCGCAGGAAGAAGGAAGAAGGAAACCAGGAUUGAGGUUUAGGUUAUUUGAUGCAACGAAAGCUAUGCUGCUGAGACCGGAUGGUCACCCCAGCGUGUAUGGCCAUUUGGCUGGUCAGAAGUUGGAGUUGCCCAGAGAUUGUGUGCAUUGGUGUUUGCCUGGACCGAUCGACUCGUGGAAUGAUAUUUUGCUAGAGUUAUUAAGGAGGGAGUUACGUAAUUAG